CGCCAGACACCAGACGGCGCAGGCAAACCGUGUCGUUUCUCUCGCAGUCGCAGUGUCGAGUGACUCGGUCGCGCGAGCCGCCACUACUUUCCUGGAUUUCGCGGAGUACGCGUCGUCGUUUGCGCCGAAUAUACGCUGCCGCUGCCGAAGCGGUGAUCGAUUCCUCCCGAGACGGAGAGACGCAAGCAUACGCGGAUCUCUCCACGGCGGUCCUGCCGGUCGGGCCCGACGCGCGCGAGCUAAUAUUCUGCACGGUUCUGUGUGUAAAUAUAUAUAUAUAUAUAGAUAUAUACAUAUAUAUAUAUAUAUAUAUAUUAGCUUGGUUAAGUGCAGUGAGAUUUAUAUCAGUGGGUAACCCAAAUGGUUGUGCUCGAGGAAGGCGGUAUGCUGACUACUGGACAUAAUCAAUAUUUACCACCGGAUUAUCUGUCUCCGCUUCCAACCACGUUGGACGCGAAGAAGAGUCCGCUGGCGUUAUUGGCGCAGACAUGCAGUCAAAUCGGGGCGGAUUCGCCCGCGAAACCGCUAAUAUCGCCUCUGGAGAAGAAUUCGAAGGGAAUAAAUAUCGCCACGAACGCGAAAUCGCCGCCAGUCGCGAAAAUGGAACGCAACAGUCAGCGCGGCAGUCCGACGGACAACAAGUCGCUGGCGUUCAAGCCGUACGAGACGAAUGUCGUGACGAAGAAGACCUCGGACGAGGGCAGACCCGCGUCCAAGGCCAGUGUACACAGUGUCAGUGGUCAGGAUAGUAUCAGUGUGAGUGAUAACAACACGCAUCCCGACAAGAAAUCGUCCGGUAAUCGUACGCCGGUGGGUCGAAAGUCCGCGUCGCCGAGCGGCCAAGCGACGGCGACGGCCACAAGCGGCACGCCGUCGGGCGACCGAAAGACCCCGGCCGAUCGUGAGAAGACCGACGGAUCACCGCGGAGCAUCAACAGUAACAACAACAACGGCAGCAAUAAUAACAACAACAACAACAAUAACAACGGCGCCAGUCCGAUUAUCAGAUCCGGAAUGGAGAUUCUAUCCGGCGCGCAUACAAAGGACGCGAAUCUGGCGGCUUACAAACCGGGUCUUCCAGGAUUCUCCAGCAAUCCGCUAUGUUGUCCGCCUGGUCUAGCCGAGAAUCCCGCCUUCAGGCCGCCCUUCGCGGGCGCGUCGCCCUUCACGCAUCAUCAUGCCGCUGCGGCAGCGCUGCUCGGCUAUCCGUCGGCUAGCCCGACCGGCGGCAAUCCGUACUUGACGUACGCCCGCGUCAAGACUCCGGCCGGCGGCGAAGCUCUCGUGCCAGUCUGCAAGGAUCCCUAUUGCACUGGUUGCCCGUACAGCAUGCACAACACCCAGAUCAUGAUGGGCGCGGGCAGCUGUCCCAGCGGUUGUACUCAGUGCGAUCAUCAAAAAUACGGCCUGGCAAUGGCGUUGUCGUCAUUGGGCCCGAUGCCGCCCCCCUCGUUGUCCUAUCCGUCCACGCUGGCAGGCGGCCGGCCUUACGUCUGCAACUGGAUCGCCGGCGAGUCCUACUGCGGCAAGCGAUUCACCACGUCGGAGGAGCUGCUGCAGCAUCUACGUAGCCACACGAGCCUGGGCGGCGGUGGUGAUCACGUGGCCUCCGCGGCGGCGCUCCUCGGCAAUCCGCAUCCGCUGCUGUCGCCGUCGACGACGCUCCAUCGGGCCAGCGGCGGCACUUAUCCCGCGCCGUCGCUCAGCCCCCUCAGCGCCAGAUAUCAUCCGUACGGUAAACCGACGACGGGCCCGCUCCCAGCUUCGCUCGCUGCCUCGCCCUACAGCGCUUUCAACGCCUUGGGACCGUAUUACUCGCCGUACGCGGUUUACGGCCAACGAAUCGGCGCUGCCGUACACCCUUAAGACGGAUACACGUCUUGAGGGGGGCGGGAAGGGGGGAGGGUGCAGGUUCUCCCCUCUCCCCCUUUCUCUUUCUCUGUCCCUUUCUUUCUAAGUGUACAGUUGGAAAAUGUGCAAAGAUACGCGGACGAGAUUGCCGUCUAACGGAGACUGUUGUGUAAAUAGCCACUGUGUAUAAUACAAAUUUAUUUAAAAGAAUUCUAUAUAUGUAUAUAUACAUAUAAAUAUAUGUGUACAUUGAAGAUUAUAAUUAAAGUUUAUGAAACAA